AUUUUAUUUUAUGAUAACAAUUCGAUUUAUCCUUACUAUUUCAACCAAAUGUUUAUAAAUUAUGGGUUAACGGUAAUAUUUUUAUAAAAUAUAAUAUGAAUCGUUCUGCUGAUUUGAUACGGAAACCCCUUCUGAAGCAUAUAACACUGUAGGAAAUAUAUAAUUGGGCUCUCAAAAUUUCUCGGAUAUAUGAGUAUCCAACUCUGGUAUAAAAUACACAUUAUAUAAACCAUUAAACUCAUACAUACAAUGCAUGAUACAUACAUACAUAGGUACAUACUUACAUACACGCAGACGCACACAAAAAAGUACUUAUUUUUGUAGAUGCUAAGAAAUGUUUCUGUAGCAAGAUUGUUAAGAACUACUUGGAAUAUUACAUACCUAUACUUGGAUCAGGAUGGAAGCUUGGGUUUUGUUUUUUUUUAUCUUCUCCUUUUUCUCUAUACUCGCGAACCAUUCUUGCCAAGUGCCACCCAACCGUAGUAACGAAUCCUUAAGCCCCAUCAUCAUACUGCCAGCCCCGUCCAGGAUCUCGUACGAAUCGCUUCACUACCCAGUGCCCAUGGAUCAACAGUAUCAGGUAAUGCCACUAGUGAUAAACACCGGGAAAAUACCCUUGAUAAAUCACGCGGUCCAAGCAUCUCUUCAAUACUUCGCACCCCUCAACAACGAUAACCGGCGCGCACCGAUUUACGACUCGGUACAAUAUUCGACGGAUCGAGACGAACGUCUGCAACUACGACGUAACCCGAACACAUCGAUAUUAUAUUCGAAUGACGAGCAAACCGAAAAUCGACCGACGUACCGCGGUUAUGGUAAUGAUAAUAAUCAUCCGCCAGCCGCAACUGCUACAGUUUACUCGGAAACGCGUAUCGAUGGCCCGCCGUACAGUUACGGCUACAAAAUAAUCGACGACCACGUUGGCGAUUCGAAUGACCGAUAUGAUGCACCGACGAUAGUCGACGGUGACCGACCGACAAGCUAUAACAAAUUAUCGGAUCCAGACGAAACGGAUGGAGUUUUUGAGCACAAGAUCGGUCCGGGUGCCGGACCACGAGCAGUGGCCAACGGACGAAAACCGGGCGAAUCCGACGACCGGCGGGAUGGCGGACCAGACAAUAUUCCUAGGGCUUUAAAACCGAUAGUUAUUAAGACAGAGUCGAAUACGACAAAAACCGAAUUGAAAAAAUAUUACAAGAAGGUGACAAAUCCGGAGACACCGGUCAAAGAGGCCAAACAAAAUGGAAAAUUGACAACGAUAAAUCCCGCACAACGGUGAAACUUACAGCUGUAUAAAAUAACGGUGGUGGAACAAUGGUGACCAUACAAACGAAAAUAAUAUUUGAAUAUAACAUAAGUACGAUUAAAAGGAUGUCAGUUUUCUCUCUCUGGCCCACGUGCAUAGCAUAGACAAAACGCAUUAACGCAGAAUCAUGUUAUCUAUGUUUUUAAGUAGUCUAAGAGUGAAAAGUUAAAAUCGCCCAUUAGGUACCAAAAAGGUAGAGAAUAAUAUUUUUUUAGGAAAUGACAUAUCGAUUUUAUAAUUUAUUGUUAUUUUUAUUUGUAUUUGAUUUUAAAAAUAAACAAAAAAAAUGUGAGCAUUUAAAUGAUGUUUAAAUUGUUUUAAGACAAUAUUUGGACAAAUCGACAUGACAUUCCCUCAAAAAUAUUAUUCUCUAUCUUUUUUGUAAUGGGUGAUUUUACUCUAAGAUAACUUAAAACCACAGAAAAAAUGAUUCUGCGUAAAUGCAUUUUGUCUAUGUUGCGCGUGGGUCAGAGAGAGUAAACAAAUAGUGCGCUGACCUCAUCUUAAUGUAAUAAUAUUACGAUUUUGUUAUCAGUGUUAUUUGUAAUAAUCGGUUAGUGUAAAUACUUCAAAAUAAAUAUUAUUAAAAAAAACGCAUUAUAUUAUUGAGUAUAAUAUAUUAUAUUAUAAUUCGAGUAUAUAAUACUCAAUGAUACCUAAUAUACAUGUAAAACUUUUAAAUGUAAUGCUAUUAUAUAUUCGUAUGUAUUAGCUAAAACUGUUUUAUAUUUAAAUACAAUGUUAUGCAUUUUUGUAAUUCAAUGAGAAAAUAAAUAAAUGUUAUAUAUUAUUUACUCUUUAUUAGUAAAAAUUUUAAUCUCAAAUUAAUGCAUAAUAAUGUAGAUUAUGGAUAUUGGCUAUAAUAUAAUAUGCGUGACUAUUUGCGUAUACAAACACGGUACCUAUCAUAUUAUUAUGACUCCACUCGGUAUCAUAUAAAUCUUAAAAAACUCAGUAAACCUUAAAAUAUAUACCUAUUAGACACUUUCUUC